AUGACUUCGAUCCGGAAGUGGACAACGGCAGCUCUUGGCGCACGUCCCCUCAAUAAUGGCAUUGGGAACCAUGGGUUUGCAGGACCAGACUCAAUGUCAAACCUUGGGACGCCCCAAGCUGGAUAUCUGAGAAGAUGUCCACACCAUUCACCCAACUGUGCUUGGGGAGAUAUGAAUGUUACCAAUACCAACCCCUAUGCAUCCCGGCCGGAUACGGGGGUGACUCGAACCUAUGAUCUCACUGUCUCGAGGGAGACAGCUGCCCCUGACGGAGUUGAAGCAGAACUUCUCCUUGUCAACUCACAGUUUCCGGGGCCUGUGGUCGAGUGCGAUUGGGGAGAUUGGUUUGAAAUUACGGUCCAUAAUAACAUCUCGGAUGAGGGUACCGCAAUACACUGGCAUGGGAAUCUACAGAAGGAGACCCCUUGGAUGGACGGCGUACCAGGUAUCGCUCAAUGCCCGAUAGCACCAGGUUCUUCAUAUACAUAUCUCUUCAAGCCAGACCUGUAUGGCACUGGCUGGUAUCACUCUCACUACGAAGCGCAAGCAGUGAGCGGCUUCUCCGGGCCCAUGAUAGUUCAUGGUCCAAGUCAUGUCGACUACGACAUUGACCUAGGUCCAGUUACCAUCUCAGACUACUUCCACACAUAUUAUGAUACCAUUACCCAAGGGUUUCUGGAUAAUAAAGUCGAGGUCACCCUCUCCGAUAACAACUUGAUCAAUGGCAAGAACUCCUACAAUAAUAAUGGAGCCCCUCUUGCGUCGUUCAACUUCACAUCGGGUAAAACGCAUCGCUUACGGCUAAUCAACACAUCGGCGUUCGCUGUACAGAAAGUAUCAAUUGACGGCUAUGACCUAACGGUCAUCGCCAAUGACUUCGUACCAAUCGAGCCAUAUACAACCGACGUAGUGACAAUCGCGGCCGGCCAACGCUCGGAUAUCUUGGUCGAUGCAACGGGGGAUCCGACCGACUCGAUGUGGCUCCGAGCAUAUAAACCACCGAAUUGUUCACCAGGGAAGGAUGGCUCGUAUCUAGUGACAGCGGCGAUAUUCUACGAGAACGCAGAUCGCACACAAGCCCCGACAAGCCAACCGCAGGCGAAUGCAUACGAUAAUUACUGCGGUAAUGAUCCCCUGUGGCAGACCGUACCGGCUUAUCCCCUCACGCCGGACGAACCAAGUGUAACAGAGAUCCUCCCGGUUGAGUUGCGUCCAAACGGGUCGUCUAACUUAUGGUAUAUGGCAAAUCGUACAUUUCGAGUUGACUAUAAUGACCCUCAGCUUCUGAAUGCCAAUGCUGGAAAUUUCAAAUUCCCUCAUAUUCAGAACGUGCAUAACUACGGCAGUAACUCGUCACUUCGCUUCAUAAUCCAGAAUACGGGGUUUCAGCCGCACCCGGUGCAUCUGCAUGGACACAAUUUCAUGGUGCUCCAGGAGGGGCCCUGCGCUGAUAACAAGACGGUGUUUCCGCAGGGCCAACCGGAAUCUUCAAAUGUGUACUCUCCGGGCGAGGCUUCUGAUCAUUUCGGUGGGAGACCAGGAGGUGGGCCAAGUGGUCCAGGCGGUCCAAGUGGCCCGCCACAUCAGCGUAGCAUCAACACCACCACAGCCGAGGAAGAUCUCAUACGGCGGACUAUUGAUUGGUCAAAAGCUGAGAUGAUUGGUGAUUACGGAUCGUGCUGGGAUGGCACCAUCGUGAACCCGGAGAAUCCUCAACGCCGCGAUGUGCAGAUGUUGUUACCCGGUCACUACAUCGUGUUACAAUGGGAGCAAGACAACCCAGGGAUCUGGCCCCUCCACUGUCACAUCGCUUGGCACCUUUCUGGUGGUAUGGGAUGGAUGAUCUUGGAACGCCCCGAUGACUUCUACAAUAACGCAAAUAUUAGCGACGCCAUGUCACAGACCUGUAAUGACUGGCAUGCUUGGUCCAGUAAUAACGUUAUUGAUCAAAUCGAUGGCGGUUUAUGAGGCGGUGUGAACAAUCGAUGAUGUAUUUCUGAAGUUCAAAUUGAUACAUCAGUUUCAGUUUCAAUAUAAUUUGACGCUUUCUAAUAAAACGGCUUGUACUCGGAAAAGCACGUUUAUAGGCGGAAGUAAGCAGCUGAAAGGGAUCAGUUCAAGUGCCCACCGUGCGAUCGGUACGAGAUAAACUGUCCAGAUAGGACUAUGUGAUAGGCUUAAGAAUUUUGGUAACGCAGUGGAAUACAGUCUGUAUAACAUGGCCGGUACUUGAGCUGACACCCGGGUGGCUGGAUAUCGCCCCCCACGGUACCACCACACUCACACCAACGCUGUGGGAUUUUUUAACAUCCAACGAUUUAUUAGCCUUUAACAAUCUUGUAGUUUCCAGCGAUGAUCACCGCCGAUGAAGCCAAAAGGAAUCAUGAGGUACAAUCGUUCGCGUCAGCGUCAGGUUCGGGCUUGAGACUUCAUGCAGGUGGCCGAGGCAAUAGUCGUAAAAAGCAACCAACAAGGACAUAGCCCACCCGCCACCAAUGGAGUUCCAGACUCACCGAAAUUAAAAAUCCCCUUAGAAGAUCAUGGUAGUAAAACAAGAUAGCGGUAGGAAUAGAUACUCCGAAAGGAUUGGUAUUACGUUCGGCAUUUACUCAGGAUAG